AUGGGAUUUCCAUUAUCGCCAGUUGUAGCGAAUUUCUACAUGGAAUUAUUCGAAGAAGACGCUUUAAAGAAGAGCCAGUGGAAACGAAAACCAUGGCUCCGAUAUGUGGAGGACACGUUUGUGAUAUGGCAACAUGGUCAAAAACGGCUCCAAGAGUUUUUGGAUCACUUGAUCUCUCAACAUCCCAUGAUUAAGUUUAUUAUGGAAACAGAAACUGUCGAAAAACUACCUUUCCUAGAUGUGUUGGUGACCAGGACGACAAAUGGAGAUAUGGAACUUGGUGUAAUCGGAAGAAGAUCCAUACCAACAGGUAUUUGCUGGCAUCAUCACAUCAGCGAGCAGCGAGAAUAUGUGAAGGAGACAAUUUGA